UCGUUAGUCCCGCCACCCACUGUUGGUCAUUCAUGGCCGGACUCCGUCUGGCCGUGGUCGCCUUCCAUCUUUGCCUCCUCCUCUCGUCGUCGUCCUCCCUCCGCCGGCUCUACGACGAGGCAGGGAGCACGCCACGCCAUGACAGGAGCAGGACCGCCUACCACUUCCAGCCUGCCAAGAACUGGCAGAACGAUCCGAAUGGGCCGAUGUACCACAACGGCAUGUACCACUUCUUCUACCAGUACAACCCACACGGCGCCACCUGGGGCAACGGCAACCUCUCCUGGGGCCACUCCGUCUCCGUCGACCUCAUCAACUGGACCGCCCUCGACACCGCCCUUGACCCCGAUUCCCCAUUUGACGCCAACGGCUGCUGGUCUGGCUCCGCGACCAUCCUUCCCGACGGCAACCCGGCCAUGCUCUACACUGGCAUCGACGCCGCCGGCAACCAAGUCCAGAACGUGGCCUUCCCUAAGAACGCCUCCGACCCACUUCUCCGCCAGUGGGUGAAGCCUGACUACAAUCCCGUCAUCCCGCUCCCCAAGGACGUCGUGCACGACAACUUCCGUGACCCCUCCACGGCGUGGCGCGGCCGUGAUGGCCUCUGGCGCGUGGCCGUUGCGGCCAAGGUCAACGUCUCUGUGGGGUCGACGCUCAUCUACCGGAGCAAGGACUUCCGGCGCUGGGAGCGGAACGCCGCGCCACUGUACAAGUCGACCGCCGCCGGCAUGGUGGAGUGCCCGGACCUGUUCCCAGUGGCGGAGCCUGGUGCACAGAACGGGCUCAACUGCGCACCCUCGAACGGGGCGGCGAGGCACGUGCUAAAGUUGAGCGUGAUGGCCACAACCCAGGACUACUACGUGGUGGGGCGGUACGACGACACCGCGGACACCUUCGAGGCGGCCGACGCCGACAACGACAGCCGGACCUGGCGCCGCCUCGACUACGGCCACGUGUACGCGUCCAAGACCUUCUUCGACGCGCGCAAGAACAGGCGCGUGCUCUGGGGCUGGGCUAACGAGUCCGACACGGAGGCCGACUAUGUCGCCAGGGGUUGGUCUGGCGUCCAGACGGUCCCGAGGAAGAUCUGGCUGGACAUCGAUGGGAAGCAGCUGCUGCAGUGGCCGAUCAAGGAGAUCGAGACGCUGAGGAAGAAGAAGGUUGGGUUCCAAGGAACGAAUGUUAACUCAGGCAGCGUGAACGAGAUCAUUGGAGUUGCGGGCUCGCAGGCGGACGUGGAGGUCGUCUUCAAGAUCCCGACCCUGGAGGGAGCCGAGAACAUUGAGCCAAAUGAGCUGUUGGACCCGCAAAAGCUAUGCGGCAAGAAGGGUGCGUCAAUGCGGGGUGGCAUCGGCCCAUUCGGGCUGCUCGUCCUGGCCUCGGGCGAUCUGCAGGAGCACACCUCCGUCUUCUUCAGUGUGUUCAAGCAUGAUGGCAAGUACAAGGUUCUCAUGUGCACCGACCUCACAAGAUCGACUACGAGAGCCGACGUAUACAAGCCGUCGUACGGAGGGUUCGUGGACAUGGACAUCAAGGAGACCAAGAGCAUAUCGCUCAGAACAUUGAUUGAUCACUCAGUGGUGGAGAGCUUUGGCGGCGGGGGACGAGCGUGCAUCACAGCACGGGUGUACCCGGAGCACGUGGAGAUGAGCAACAGCCACUUGUACAUGUUCAACAACGGAACCACCAUGGUGAAGGUGUCCAAGGCCGAGGCUUGGGAGAUGGCUACAGCGACCAUGAACGUUGCGGGCGACGGAUGAUAACUCCAAGUGCAAUGGAUAGUCAUAACACGUUUUAAUUUGGAAGUUUUAGUAUAUAACCGUGGGAGGUAGUAGGUAAACUUAUCUCAAACUAUAUAUGCUACUUAUGUAACCACUUGACUAGGUAAAGUUCUACUUUGGAUAAAAAGAGAGAGAUAAUAUGCAAGAAAUGAAGUAACAUACACAAAUAAAAGAGAGACGGAGUAGAAACCCAAUGGAUCAAAUGUUAUAAAUGUAAUGGUUGACUUCAAUUGAGAGCUCAAGAUAAAUGAUUUAAGGGCAAAGUUUAUGUUUUCCA